UUGAUGCAGAAGUGGGCAGUCUUGCUUUAAGACAUGUGAUCUGACUCUCUCUCAGCUCUAUCUCUCUCUCUUUCCAGCUGGGCUACAUUGUAAUACACACACACACACACACACACACACUCACGCACGUUCACUCACACACUCGCUCUGCCUCUCUGACACAGACUCUCUACUUAGUGCGUUGGAGAGAGGACUGAGGCUCACACUAUCAGCACAGCUUCUCAAUGGGGGGACGCAGCCAAGAGCAGACAGAGCAGUCAUUCCACUGGAGCCUUCCGCUGCAUGCGUGAGAAGGAGACGACAAGUAAGGGGGGCUAAAUUAGCUCCCUGUCAUCACAACACAGGAGUUCUACUGACGGGAGAAGAGACACAGACUGAAGAAAGGAGAGAACAAGAGAUCUGCUCGUAUGUGGCUGAUACAGCAGUGACAUGAUCAGCCUCUCAUCCCUCAAAUCCUGGCCAGUUUGUGACUUAGACCCCAUGGUGUUUUGCUUUUCGUGACUGUUUAUGUUGCCACGGAUUUCAAAAAAAGAACUGAGCAGCAAGGGGGGAGUCCUGAGGAGAGAAUACUGAGGCAGAAGAACUGCAUUUUAGUCCCUUUUGCGCUGUGUUUCGUCUUUUCUGAUACUGGAAUUUCAGGCGGGAAUCCUUGGCUUCAAAGUAUGGAUGGAUUUAAGACAGAGGAGUGAGUCUGCUGGGCAGGCAGAGGCAGUGAUUCUGACUGAGCUCCUUUCCUCCUGAACACACUGCUCAGACUCGGCCUUACCAUGUCCUGGUUGUUGGCCAUGUGGAUUAGCCUCGGUUUCCUGCUGUUGUGCCAGGCCACACUCUACCAGACCAUCCAGCAGCACCAUGUGGCUCGGCCCGGUCGCACUGACAUUCUCACCCUGGAGGGAGGUACAUGUGAGGUCAUUGCCGCCCACCGAUGCUGUAACAAGAAUCGUAUCGAGGAGCGCUCUCAGACAGUCAAGUGCUCCUGUUUACCGGGGAAAGUGGCUGGGACGACACGCAACAAACCCUCAUGUGUGGAUGCGUCCAUUGUAAUUGGGAAAUGGUGGUGCGAGAUGGAACCAUGUCUGGAGGGAGAAGAGUGUAAGACUCUGCCUGAUAACUCUGGAUGGAUGUGCUCCUCUGGAAACAAAAUCAAGACCACAAGAAGAGGGAGCCCUUCAUUGCCUGUUCUGUAGCAGCAGACAAGGCAGGCCCUUUUGUUUGUGGAAGUCACAGUGAGAGCGAGGCUGGGGAGCACCUUCCAAAACACUCGCCCACCAUAGAUCUGCAUUACCCGCUCCACUCAUUAAAUAGAUCAAUCCAUUUCUGCUCCCUCCAAACAAUUAUACACCUUUAAAAGAGACACGCAGAAUGAGAGAGGCUGUCAUGAAAACAUUUUUUCUUCUCCCCUGCUUUUGAUAGUGAAAAGAAUCAAGUUUACUUGAUAACCUCACUCUUAGUGUGUUAGAUUGAACAUUAAUUUGUAAUCAGCACCAAGGCAAGAAUGUCACAUACAUUUUAAUGGCUUUUCUUAGGUAUUUAACACUAUCACACAACCACUCACAUAUAGAAGUUGUUUUAACUGUAUAAGACCACAGCAUUUCCACUGUUAUUUUUCAGAUUAGUGAGUGAUAAGUAUUGAACUCAAGUGCUUCUUGAACUGAAGAACGUGCUUUUCAGAUAUCUUUUAUUAAAAGGAGCGAAGAGCAUCUUUUUCCAGCAAAAUAACACACUGUGACAGGAGGUUGCCCAUCUGUGAGACAGAUUCAGAGCAAAAGUGACCUGCCAGCAGAUACAUCACCGUCUAAUUUGUCAAAUCGGGAGGUUGCACUCUGCAGUUGAUCAAAAUAAACUCCAAGCAGACGUGCCAUGUACAGUUCAGCUUCACCGGAAAAUUACCUUUUCCGCCUCUGUGCUUGACAACAUUCCUCCUCCUCCUUCAGUCCUGUAUAAAGUUGUCCUAAAAACAAGCAUACAGUUAUACACAAUACUGUUUUAUUUAAUAUAAAGGUUAUAAGCUGACAGAUGGAGUCCAGGCUGCAAAGAAUGGCCAGAUUGUCAUCCUUUUGACAUUUUUAUACAAGUUUGGAGGGUGGAGGAGUUCAUUCCAAGUGCUACUGAUUAAUUUAUAUCCAUUUUCUUUGCUUUUUCCAUUGUCAAUGUCACAUUAAAUGGAUCUUGAUGUAUUUUGUUGUCUGGAGUCUUCUGUUUUUAGAGGGUGCUCUUUAGUGCUGUUUGAAGAGGUUUCUCAGCUGGCAUGAUUGAUUUGUUCAGCACUAAACGAGAAAGGGGGAAAGGGUAGGCUGUGUUUGCACUAAAUUCUUUUGCUAAGGCAAUUGUCCUUGGCUCUUCUUACUAACUGAAGUCUGAGUAAAUUGCAAUUUAAUGCGGCCAGCAAAUUAGAAUGCAGACAGCUUAGUUGCCAGCAAAGAUGGGAUAGGCAGGAAAUCCUUGAGCAAUCCGCUGCUACCUGCUGCAGUGUUCAUUUGAACAGUCAGAGGACAAAAAAGUACAGAGGACACUUUGUCACACACACACACAUGCAUGCAUGUGGCUUGAAGUGACAGCAUUUGCAUAC